AUGAAGCUUAUCACCGUGGCCCUGGCGUGCCUGCUGCUGGCUGGAAUGUGGCUGCAUGAUGUGGACGGCAGGAGCAUGCACGUGUCGUCCUCCAACUGUUGCUUCAACUUUUCAGAGAAGAGGAUCGCCCCGCAGAGAAUCCGGUGUUACAAACACACCAGCUCCACCUGCUCCCGGAGGGGUCUAAUACUCAAGAUGAAGAAAGGUAGAGAGACAUGCGUCUUACAGACAGCCCAAUGGAUUAAGGAUUAUUUUAAAACUAUGAAACCAUGCCUGCUGAUGUGA